AUGCCCAGGGGUUCUCAAACCCCUAAUCCCGGAGGCACUCCUGCCUCCGGGUCGUUCACGCCUCUUCGCGACUCGCCGCAUCCGACUGAUCCCGGCAUCAGGGAGGAUGGCGUCGGUCGAAAGAAGCGCAAGGAAAAAGCGGACCCGGUGUCAACUCUGCAUGAGGAGAUGGAAGCGAAGUUGAGGAUGGUAGACGUAGAAGCAGAUGAUGCUUUUGAAGAGGUUAUACGGAUUUUUACGCUGGGAGUCCAGGAAGGGCGCUACUACAAAACUAGCAUCGCCUUUCUGAGGAAUGUGGGGUCUUACAUGGCCCAGCUCUACGCCUUCAAAUGCGACGAGCUGGCGCUGGAGAGGGCGAAGAGAAUUGAGCAUAUGGAGGAAUUGGCCAAAAUGAAUGCGGAGAGGGAGAAAGAAAAAGAGAGCCUGCAGAGGCCAUCUUAUCCGUAG